AUCCACCAUACAGUUUCCUCUAUUUAAAGAAUAUGAAUAUUCUUAACGGUACUUUGUUAUUAGCUGUAGGAGUCCUCCUUAAUUCUGCUGAAAUAAGUUCACAGAUGUUUGGUGGAAGAAGGCGCAGUUCCAAUCCUAAUGUGAACCAAAUAGCUAAUGAGCCUAUGUAUCGCGUGACUGCGGCUGGUUAUUUAGAUGAAACUGGCGCAGCUACAGAAAUACAGUCAGGAUCAACAGUUGAAGUAGGAGUAAGAAAAGAUAUCAUCAUUGGAAAACAUAUGAAUGGUCAGGUUUAUCCAUUUCUUAAAACUCUGCAUCCUCAAAGCGCCAGGGUUAUAGUAGACACAAAAAGUAAACAACAUUAUGAACUAGAUCACGGUGUAGCAAAUCCUUACGCUGACGGGCUUGAUAAUACUGCUUCAGCCAUAGUUACACAGUUGCCACCGGGGAAAAAAUAGUUGAUUAAAAAUCCAGUACUUUGUAUUAUAGUCUUGGCUAUGAGAGAAAGUUUCCAGACAGAAGUGUUUUCAGUGACUCGGUUUUGAAAAUGAAUUGACUUUCCUUCUACUAUUUAAUCAAAUUCGCCGAAAUCUCAUUAGAAAUUUUUCUCCAUACGCAUAAUUCAUAGAAAUCGUCAUUUAAAAGUUAAGAAAUUAUUUUUUCCGUGCAGUAUUAAUCAAAGAAAAAUGGUCGAAUUUCAAUAACUUUGAAACAGUGUAUACACAAUCAAUUGAAGUCCAUGUGUAUUGCAUUGUGGUUCUCAACAGUAAUAAUAUUUAGUUAUUAAUUAUUUAUAAUGAUGUAUUCCGCUAUCUUCCGACGGCAGUAACAAUUGCACGAUGAUUCGCGACUAGCAAAGUCUCGGACGUUAAGUAUACACGGUCGCAGCUGGCAAUCGGAUGGGUGACCGUUAGUGAUUUUCCUGUAGUCGUGUUUAACUGCAAUUGAAUGAAA